UGAGAGAUCAAAGAGGAUAAAGUGGCAAACCGGAAAGCUCGGCGCACAGACACCGGGCAUCCGGUCACCCAGUUUAGUGUUCGAUUAUUUAUUUGUUUAUUUGGUUGUUUGCGGGUUUUUUCCCUGCAAGUAAAAUCGAGUUUCUGAAGUGGGAGGAGGGAGAAGCACUGGGAAUGAUUUCAGCACCGCGGACAGCUACCGGGAGAACCACACUGCCCUACUGUCACCAGUCUUUCCAUAACCUACAGGAGUUGAGGCACAGCGCGUCUCUGGCUAAUAAAGUAUUUAUACAGAGAGAUUACUCUGAAGGAACUGUCUGCAAAUUCCAGACCAAAUUCCCCUCUGAACUGGACAGCCGGAUUGAGAAGACUCUGUUUGAGGACACAGUAAAGACUCUAAAUAAUUACUAUGCGGAGGCGGAGAAGAUCGGAGGCCACGCCUACCUCGAGGGCUGCCUCGCCUGCAUCACAGCCUACCUCAUCUUUCUCUGCAUGGAGACACGCUAUGAAAAGGUCCUAAAAAGAUCUCACGGUACAUUCAGGAGCAGAAUGAGAAGAUCUACGCUCCCAGAGGCCUCCUCAUUACUGACCCAAUUGAGAGGGGCAUGAGAGUUAUUGAAAUCAGUAUAUAUGAAGACAGAGGGUCCAGUGGAUCCAGUUCAGGAAGCAGCACCACCAGUAGCAGCGGACAAUGAUGAUCUCCACACACACAC